AAUUCUGUUGUAAAUAAACGAAUGACAGAGACGCUGUUGAUAGUGAAAUUGCUACCAAAAUAUAUAAUAAAUACGGAAUCCCAAUACUCGACUGUCUAACAAGGCUAGUGUGGCUACGUUGAUGUCACUCCUACCCGCCAGUUUGCUGCCAGCCACUAAGGGAAGACUGUGUCGUGCAACACAGGUAGCUUGUGGCCAAUGCCACAGGCUCGACCUGCAGAGAGAAGUGGACUAUCAUCCUCGGAAAGGGCUUGCAAGUUGGCCUCAACAGACUUCUCUUUUCCCCUUUUGGCUGUUGGGACUGAAGAAGGAGCGCCUGUGGACUCACCAGCAGUAAAAAAAAUUGUCAUGUCGGAGUUAAAUAAAGAGGUGGUGGAUCUGGUUUGGGGGAGACCCUCCAGUGGAGGAGUGUCUGCCUCUAUCUUCCGUAGAUGGACCCAAGGAUUUGUUUUUUGUGAGAAUGAGCAGACGGCACUGGAGCAGUUUGAAGGAGGGCCGUGUGCUGUCAUUGCACCUGUCCAGGCUUUCCUCUUAAAGAACAUUCUCUUCAACAGAGAAAGUCCCAACUGGAGACAGAUGACAGAGGAGGAACAGAAAACAGCCCUGUGUUCCACACUGAGUGAAAUCUUGGAGUCAGCCUGCUCCAGUCCCUCCACAGGGUUCUGCCUGGUGACUUGGGCCAAGGGACAAAGCCCUCAUACCAGCACACAUACUAACACACAGACGCAGACACAGACACAGUCACAGUCGCAAACGCAGGACAUGCCAGCACCAGAGAGCAGCCAGCCCCCACAGGAACAGCAACCCACUGCUUUGGCUGCCGAGGACCUUGGCUUUGAGCGAUUUCACAGUGUUCUCCAUAAGCGGACCGUAAUGUCAGUGUCUGGUCUCAGAGAGGAGGUGUUGUCUCUUUACCACACCUGGAGGGGGUGCUGUGGAGUUUUGCUUUUCCUCUACUCCGUCAUCCUCACCAAGGGCAUAGAGAAUAUAAGAAAUGAGAUCCAGGACACGAUGGAGCCUCUCAUAGACCCUGUGCAUGGCCACGGCAGCCAGAGCCUGGUGAACCUCCUUGUAACUGGCCACGCUGUCUCUAAUGUCUGGGAUGGAGACAGAGAGUGCUCUGGCAUGAAACUGCAUGGUAUUCAUAAACAGGCAUCAGUUGGCUUCCUCACGCUCAUGGAAUCACUACGCUACUGCAAGGUCGGGGCAUUCCUCAAGUCUCCAAAGUUCCCUAUUUGGAUCCUUGGCAGUGAAACUCACCUCUCUGUGUUUUUCACCAAGGAGAUGUCCCUGGUAGGUCCAGAGUCUCCAUCAGAACAGGCAAGGAGGGUCUUCCAGUCAUUCGAUCCUGAAGAUAAUGGCUUCAUCCCAGAGUCUCUGCUCGAGGACGUGAUGAAAGCCCUUGACCUUGUCUCAGAGCCCGAGUAUGUCAGUCUGGUGAAGACUAAGCUGGAUCCAGAGAGUUUGGGCAUAAUUCUUUUGGGCCCGUUCCUGUUGGAGUUUUUCCCUGAUCAGGAUUCAGGAAUCCCAGACUCAUUUCCCAUCUACCACUACAAUGGGCUUAAACAGUCCAACCACAAUGAGAGGGUAAGACACUAUAUCAUGUACAGGUUUGUCAAAGCAGCUGAUGGUGGUGGUUCCUUUUCAUAUUCUCUCUGUCUCUCAGCUUACUACUGCUCUUCUUUUCCUGUCAUCAUUUAUACACACAUGCAUGCGCACGCACACACAGUUGGAGACGGCCGGCCACUCCAAAAUAAACAGUAGCUAUUGCGAGCCUAAUAGCCUGUCCAUCCAUCCAAAAACCCUGGCUUAGCCUCCUAUUUCUCCAAGUCCUUUCAACACGGAGGCCACUGUCAGCGGCCUCGCUGUGAUAAAUGUUCAAACACAGGCCUAUUAAGGAAGCUUAGGUUGAUGGAUGAUUGUCAUUGGAUGUAGUUGGUGGCUGCGCAAAAAGCCUGGUACUCAGGAAUAUCACUUUCUUCAUCUGUCAACUUUGUCUAGUCUGUAAAGCAGAUUUUUUUCCAUACCGCUACCUGAAAAUGUAAGAAUGGUACCACAUGUGUGCCCACACUAAAGCACACGCCUACACACACGCAUGCACAUGGCAGCAAGGCGCCUAUAAGGUUAUGAUGAUGAUUCCAUUCCCAUAGCUCCAGAUGGGAAUAACAGACCUGCCGGCAGCAGUCCCCUGCAGCUGCUGUGUGAGUAUCUGUUGUAUACUUGCAUCCAUCUAUGGCAUCUCAACCCUGACCCCUUCAGAGGAAGUGUGUGAGAAGAGAUUGAUGGAGUAAAGUGUGUGUUUAGUUACCUCUGCAUUAGAGCUUUGAUCGAGCCCAGAAAAUUUUCAUUGUGUUCUUCCUCCUGUUAUUUCAAUAGUCUGUUGUUGGCUCUGCGUCUCACACUACAGGUUCAGCAGAACAGGCUGUGCCCCUCUGUGUAUUUCCGUCUUGGAGUGCACAUUCUGGUUUAUGAAGAUGCAUUGCGCAGAUGAUGUCUUCACUCUCCACAGCAUGUUUUGCACAUCUCUCCCUCUGCAGGGGAAGCAGAAGCAAACACUGCCAACCAAGUCACCCUGCAGCCUCUCUGUCAUUUUCCAUCCCUCUUUCAUGCACGCGCUCUCUCCCCUGGUUCUCCACUAUAUUGCUCUGUUGUUCCAUCACUCUCCCGGCAAACCCAGCAGGUGGAGUCAGGCCCAACCAGGCUCAGGAAAAGACUUGGAGCUCUACUCUGCAUUAACUGUACACUGACCUAC